GGACGAUUUUCACCCGUCGCUCCUUUGAUUGCUUUCAACAGCAACACCACGACUUUCACACCAAAGACUCAGCCCCGACGGAGAGCCUGGGACUUACCGCGCUGACAUAUCUGGCAAACCUGGAUACGUUCUCCCGCUGACACUCGCGUCAGGUGACCAGGCUGCGACCGAAAGCUGUUGAACCCAGUCGAUAGCUGUGUUUGGUGUCUGGUUGCGCAGUUUAGGCACCACAGAAACCUAAAUCCGGAUCGGAUCACUCAUGCACGCAAGAAGCUAUGGUUAAACGGUGGGAUCUCUAUAAGAGCGAAAUCCAUUCGCUUUAUAUCGCCGAUGGAAGGUCUUUAGACGACGUGCGGCGAAUUUUGAAAGGGCGACAUGGCUUUGAUGCAUCCAUCCGAUCGUACCGAAUGAAGCUUGAGGGGUGGGGAAUGAAGAAGAACAAAAUUGGGACAAGUCGCUCUGCCAAGACGGCAACAAAGACUGGCUCGAAUUUCCCACCUCGAAUAUCUAACUCGGCACUUUAUCAGGAUAGAAAUAGCACCAGUGCCCCGUCUGGCCCAGCUUUGCAAUCUGCCAACCCUUGGACAGCACCGCUCAACUUCUCUGGUACUCUCAGUCACGAUUACAGUAGUUCUAAUAUAGCUGUGAACGGCGGAUUCCAUGACGACUCAGCCGCGGAAUACGCUGAGAUCACGCAGCACGUAGAACAUGUAUCUCGGCAGAGCCUUUUUGAUGCCAUUUCGAACGGGGAUAAAGACGAGGUUACAAGGCUACUUUCCACUGGCACAUCUGUCCAUGUCCGAGAUGGAAUUAAUAAUGCACCCUUGCAUGCAGCGAUACUACCGGGCAACAUUGAUAUUGUCGAGUCUCUGUUGAACUAUGGCGCUGACUUUGACGCUAUCGGUUUCAAAGGGAAGACGCCUCUCCACUUGGCAAUUGCUUCCAGACCUUUGGUUCAGCUCUUACUGAAGCACUCGCCAAAGUUGUCGGUACAGGAUGACGAAGGGAACACAGCUUUACACUACUUACUCAAUACGAAAGAUUGGUGGGCCAACAACGAUACGGCAGCAACAGCGAAGUCCAUCCUAUCCUUUGGCGCGGACAUCAAUAUCAAGAACAGGCUUGGCGAUUCUCCAUUGCACCGGGUGGUGUCUGAUGCUAGACCAAACGACUAUAAAUACAUGGAACUAGCCUUGGUGUUUCUUGAUUAUACACCGGACGUAACGUCGCCAAUGCGGAACGGUCAGACCCUUCUUUCCAUGUUCUUAAAUAAGAGCGAGAUAUUAGUAUCUCCAAGUUCGGCUGAUUGUUAUUACGGACCUGCACUUUCGGUUACAAGAGGAUUUGCAUGCUUGGAAAAGUUCCUGGUUGCUGGUGCCGACCCGAACACGAUAACCCGCUCAAAGCCACUCAUUAUUGAAUAUCUCUCACAUGGGAUUUUUGAAGAAAAUAAUGAAACGGAAAAGACCUUGCUCCAACUUAUCCAAAGGGCGAACAUCGAUGUUGUGGGACCUGCUGGAAACGACCCCUUUCAUCUCACCCUAACGUUUGCUAAGAACCACCGCUCGAGGAAAUGGGUUCUUAGUGUUUUUGCGAUCAUCGAUGCUUUAAUCUCUCGAAACGCGUCUCCAAACCAAGCAAACGAUGAGGGCGCUACCCCGCUGGAGAUAUGGCUCAAGGAAGGCCAGGAAAAGCCUUCUAAAAUUGUAAAGGUUGCUUUACUGCUUAUUGAAGCAGUCGCCGACACUAUGAUACAAACAUCGACCGGGGGGACUCUAUUUGAUAUGCUCAGCUGGCUGCCAAACGGGGAUCAAAAUCUUCUGACUAGAGCUUUACUCAAAAGGGGUGCAACCGCUCAAGAGCAUGCCACCAGCGCUCCCGCCCGAUCAGAAUGGGCUGAGCUCUGGCGUGCGGCUUGGAAACCAACAGAUUGGCAGGGUGCCAAAGCUCGAGUGAUCGAGCUUCAAAGUUUGCCUUCUCGUCCUAAGUCCGCAGGUUUCAUGGAGUGUGCUUUUCGUGUUAUCGCGGAACAUCAGCUGGAACUUCACAAGGCUUGCCUGAAAUGUUGGCAGGAGAACCUAGUCGGAAAGGAAGCGGUGACGAAAGACUAUGAAGAUUAUUGUGCUAUCUUGAGAGAUUGUAGGGAGCGAGGGAUUGAGAUCGACGUUUCUUGGUACAGUUUCUUACUUGAUCUUAUGGAUUUUACAUAAAGUCUAGAGCCAGCAGCUGCUAUAUAUUGACCGGGAGUCGAAGUUUUAUGAGAUGUUUUGCGAAGUUCUAUAAAGGAGGAAAGGUAGAAUUAUCAUCACUUGCUCCUAUUCGCCUGGUUCUAU